UUCAAUCCCAGGUAUAAACGUUGGCCCAGGUAUAAAAGCCCACUCCAUAGAAACAUUUCUCAGUUAGUUCCAGCAGCUGAAUUGCUUCGCAUCUAUCUACUUCGAUUCGUAGUCGCCAACAGUCGAACUCCCAUUACACCAUCAACAUGAAGACGAUCCUUGCUCUCCUCGUCCUUGGGCUGGUCCUGGUCGCCGCCGAGGAUAAGUACACCACCAAGUACGACAACAUCGAUGUGGACGAGAUCCUGAAGUCGGACCGCCUAUUCGGCAACUACUUCAAGUGCUUGGUGGACACUGGCAAGUGCACGCCGGAGGGCCGCGAGCUCAAGAAGUCCCUGCCCGACGCCCUGAAGACGGAGUGCAGCAAGUGCAGCGACAAGCAGCGCCAGAACACCGACAAGGUCAUCCGCUACAUCAUCGACAACAAGCCCGAGGAGUGGAAGCAGCUGCAGGCCAAGUUUGAUCCCGAGGAUAUCUACAUCAAGCGCUACCGCGCCACCGCCGCCGCCUCCGGAAUCAAGGUGUAACUCACGAUGCUCCGAUCCCGGAAACACAAUUUGUUAUAUGCACUGUUAAUUAGGUCUAUCUGUAUAUCUGUUUAUCAAAAUUAUUUUUACGAUCGUGCGCCGAAUAAAAAGAGAUUUGUUUUGUA